AUGUCACCAGUGGCUCCGCCAGCCCAGGCGGUCAUCCGCCGCGGUACAGUAUCCGGGGCAGGAAAUGAGGAGACGGAUUCGACUCGGCGCUUGAACCAACAAAGGGCGCUCGACUUUCAGUGGUUGUUGCAGGCACUCAAUUCCCUGCCCGUUACGAUAUCUCAGCCUACCAACCCUAGCCUAUUGCCUCAAUUCCGCUCUCAAUGGAACCUGCCACCGCCUAGGAACAGUGCCCGCGUCGUCGAAUUGCCCAGUACUACUCCUCCGCCUGUUUCUCCACCGAAAGCUACUGAAUCAAGGUUUGCACGACUACACUCGGACGACUCUUCUUCCUCCUCGGGAAGCAUAUAUAUCCCCCCGGCGAUAGCUUCGCCGCCUCGGGGCAAGAGUCAAGAGGAACUAGACCGCGACGCAUAUGAUCAUUUCAUUGAUGAUGUCAAGCGGCUCCUUGAUCCCUUAAUGAGUGAGGAAGAGGGGUUGGCCGAUGAAGACUGGACAAUUUACGAUGAGGGGUCUGUUUUCCUCUGCUGGGGUAGCGCCACGAAUUGCCGAGUCCUCAGUGUCAAGCAUUUUCAACGACAUAUGGACCACGAGCUAUUCUGGAAAAAGCUUCAUCACGCUUGGUAUCAGGCACGUGGCGAAUGGCGACGCAAGAUUCCUUGGUACGGCAUCCGCGACGUUAAAAUGGUUGACAUCCGGCUUGCAGGGCCGGUUCCUGAUUGUGCGGACCAAUUCCACGGCGUCUUUCAGUUGAUCGAUAGCGAAAUCCAGAGGGAAAAGGAUAAAUUAAAGCAGAAAAUCAAAAAGUUUCAAGACAUCGAAGCCAAGGCUGCCAGGGAACGCUUGAAGAACGACUUUGACGAUGAUAGGGAUGAGUACGACUUUUACGACUACGACUACGAUGACUGGGGCAAGUGUGCCUAUGACGCGAAGCUUGGUCGGACUCUUCAUGGUGAGGAAUGCAUCGCUGAGCUAUCGCAGUACCAAGAAGAUUGUACGGAUGGGGACUAUCCCGAGUCGGAGAACAGGCUCAAUGGGCUCAUGAUGGAGUCUCUGCGCACGUCACUGUUCCAGAAUCCACAAAUGGCCGUCUUCCAUAAGCUGUCAAACUCAGAGAUUGUCCAUUACAAGAGCAUGGUCCGUCGUCAAGUUCAGGGUAAUCCUUAUCGAGGCCUAGGCCAGAUGGUCUUCCGCGGGCUCCUGAUAGAGGACGGGUGGGCGUUUGACGGAGGCAUGGGGGUUCUGUGCAUGCCUCUAGCAGGGGUGGCAGCACUCCUGAUCGUGUUCCUUGCGUGGCUCGCGUAUAGGGACUGGGCCAUAGCAUGGAACGUCGGCUCGUGCUUGGUGCCGUUGCUAAUAGGACUAGCGAGUGCGCUGCCACAAGCCAAGGCUCCAAGAGCAUAG